UAGAGGAAGAGGGAGCGAGAGCGAGAGAAAGAGAAAAUUCGUGUAAAGAAGGCGGGGCAUGCGGCUCACACACCGAGAAAAGAGGAGAGAAGGUCACGGUGUCUUCCGCAGCACGAUAGCAAGCGGGGUUAUGGCCGAGAACGAGGGAGAGAGGAAGCGGAGCAGCAACAUUCAGCCUCAUUCGGCGGUGUGGCGCGCUCGCUUCGGACGUACGACCUCGAUCACGUCUCGGAUCUACGUCAUUCAUACCUCGGAGCAGCAGCGUACAUGGUUUGAUAUUGCGGCUUUGUUCGUGGAUACGCGCUUCGGUCGCGUGUUUUCGUCGAGCUCCGCUCCGUCCGUGACUUGGGGGCGCGGUGCCCGCGAUCUGAACAGGGAGGGGGCGGCAUUACCCCCGCCCUGGGCUACUCCGUUCGUGCUCCACGGGUUAUUGCUGCGGAAAGAAAGAAAGACAGGAGGUCCGCUUCGGCCCACUUGCGACUCCGGCUCCCGCUCUCGGCCUCCGAAGGGGUACCCAGAGGGUUUGCGUCGUAUUACGAGGGGGGAACGGGAAAGCUUGGUGGCCUUCACCCGGAGGUUCAAGCGCUUGUCUCAAGCCCUGGUCGAUAGAGGGAUGUUGUCGGAGGUGGAUAGGUGCGUAAUGUUUAUGUUGCACCUACCCGAGGAGAAAAAGAAGGAGGUCCUCAAAAAAGCCCCAAGAGACUCGGCCAAUUUCGAAAAAGUCGCCGAGGUAGUCUUCACGGGAGGAGGAGUGGACGUGAGAGAAUACAUGAAAGAAACCCUGGACAUGGCGCUCCGUAAUAUGCGCAACACACGGAACGAUGGCCCUCGAGGAAAUGACAGACCACCCCCUGGUCCACCUGUUCCGCGAUGGGGAGAACGACAAACGGGGUGGAGAAACGAACCAGGAAACCAAAGAGGCUGGAGAAAUGACCGAGAGAUAGGGGGAAAUCGAGGCCCCCAUUGGGGGAAUUCCCAUUGGAAGGACGCUAGAGAUGGAAGGUGGGGAGACACGCCUCAAGUGAGGGUCACUGGGGCACGACCUGAGGUUAGGGCUCCGCCACCACCCGCACCGCCGCCGCCGGCUCCUCCUGUGCCUAUAGCCGCUGCCAUGCAAGGGGGACCGCGCCCCAACAGCCCGCAAGCUCGAAGCGGGUGUGUUUACUGCAACGAAGAGAGUCACAUCAAGAGGGACUGUCCUCAUCUCACCGAGGCCUUGAGGUUGGGAGUGAUCAAGCUACAUGAAAACAAAUGGGUUGUGUCACUUGUGUGGGAUGACGAAGAGCGCGUCCCCUUCUACCCCUCAAUGAAGAUAAAUGUGGACAAGAGGAUCGCUCUGCGAGAGGCGAGGCUAGGAAAGCAACCCGAGAGCAGAACGGCCGCGAGCACGUCCCGGGUCCAAAUGAUGGAACCCACGGGUGGAAUCUCUAUACGGGAGCCUCAAGUCUCAAGCAUCAAGUUUGAGGAGGCGGAACCCGAUGUCCCUAGUCCCCCGCCUGCAGAAGUCGAAGUUCAGGAAGAAGGACCCUGUCUGCGAGUAAGGACCCAAGUGGGGGCUGGUUCUUCAAAAGGUAAGGAAACCGCCGCUGCAGACGGGGGUAGGAAGAGCAAGGAUGAGGACCAGUCGAUGGUCGAUGCGAGGACUUUCGAAGAAAGAAAAGGGGAGGAGCCGACAUCCCCUGAGUCUCCUAGGAAAAGGGUCCCCAAAAAGUUUGAAAUGAAGUGCACACUCGACGAAAUUGACACCGUCGCACGUCUGCGAAGGACGUUGAUGCAACCGAUGCAGUGCACCCUUCUCGAAUAUUUGGCAGCUAGCAAGAACGCAAGAGAGGAUUUUCUUAGUAUAACCAAGAAGGUGAGGAUCCCGCUCGCCGGAGGUCCCACAGUUCCAGGGGAAGGCCCGCCCAAAGAAGAGGUGCAGGCGGUCCGCCUUACAAUGGAGGAGAUGCCAGCAGAUCUUUUCUCGGGAGUUGAGCCGCGGAAGUUCUAUGUGCUGGGGAGCGGCCAUCUUUGGGCCAAAGAAAGCGUAAAAAGGAUGAGGUCCCUAGUAGAUAACGGGUCCGAAUCCACCGUUUGUAGGGAUUCCCUUGCGCGAGAGUUGGGCUUAGAGGUAGAGAGGGGGUUCGCCAUGUCCAUGGUGGUAGCAGAUAACAAGUUCCAACUGGCGGAAGGAGUGUGCCACAACCCUAUUAUUGACGUGGCAGGGGUUGACACUACCGUGCCUAUUUUUUCAGUUAAGGAGUGUUCGUCCGAAUUGAUCCUCGGACGCACUUGGCUAAGCGUCGUGCACACCACGAUGGUUGAUCUUCUUGGCGGGAGUCAAACUCUUUCUAUCCAAAGUCCGGACGGGAUCCGGGUGAUCCUAAAGACCAUGAGUGCUCGAGACGAGCGGCAACGUACCAGUGUCCCGAGAAAAAUAGGGACUCAUUUGAAGGUUUGCAAGGUCCGCCUUGAGGAGUCGCCUUUUUCCAAAACGGAGCCUCCCGGGGACAAGAUAGAAGUCAAGGAGGUCGGGGACCGUAUCUUGAUAGAUGGUAUCGGCUACGAUAAGGAGGAUGAGGAAGAAGAGUUCGGAGGGUGUGUAAGGCUGUCUUUUUUGGAGGAAUCCCCCUAGUUGGUGCACCUAAGAAGCAUAAAACCGUUGCGGAAAAAGUAAAACCCGCCGCGGUCA